AUGGGCCAGGUUGUGUCCCUGUCCCUGUCUAACCUUGCGCAGAUGCUGCGCCGCGAGCUCAACGCUGCCAACACGCCGUGGGCGAUUCGCAGCUAUGCUACGUUCCUUUCGCGUGAGCCAGACAAUUCGCGCUUGUCGUAUGCUGGCACGCGCAACUUCGACACUGAUCUCGGUAUGACAGUAUUUACGUCGAGUCAAUCGACCCGUGGCGAUGACGGGGAGGCUAUGCCGGCCGACUUUGGGCCGCUUUUGGGCCGUCUUAAAUACUCCCGCCGUCCGAACUGCUCGCCUCUGACCGGCGGCAUUACCAUUUGUCCUGUUGAGGACGGCGCAAUUCCCAUUGUCGUAUGCUUGCCGCAGGCGGAUAUAGAUGGCCUACAGAAGGAUAGUGAGUGGACGCGAUGCGCGAGCUCUGUUGGUUAA